AUGGUUCGACGUCUGUCCAACUCUGACGGUUCGUCAUCAGCCCUGUCUCUUAUGCAGGGCCGAUUUGACGGACCCGCUCUGCAAACGGCCUGCAACAUCCUGGACGUGCUUGACCGAUACCGCAGUGUCUUGCCGUCGAACGUUGAGGACCGCUCGGACGAGGGCAACCUCAAGUUUCUGUCUAUAAUCUAUGGCCAAGUACGCACACAAAGGGCGAUUCAGCUUGUUUUGCCUGCAUUUCCUUUCAAGUCGCCCAAUCGCCAGAGCAAGACUCUUGGUAGCCUACCCGACAAGGGCGAAGAAAUUUCAUUGGCCCAUUUGAACGGACUCUGUGCUGCGAUCGCAGACAUUUAUUCCCCUGGAGCCAAGUUAACAAUCGCUUCGGAUGGUCUAGUCUACAACGACCUUCUGGGUGUCCCCGACAGGGAGGUCUGGGAGUAUGGACAGAACUUGCGUGCCAUGGUCCGAGAGAAGGAACUCUCUAAUAUUACCUUCGUCCACCUGCGCGAUCUCCUCUACAUGGUCAACGAGAUCGCUCUUGAUGCCAAGACCUACGAGGAGAGAGCACCGCAAUUCCGCGAAGAUCUCAUUCGUAUUCACACCCCUUCGGACCACGAUGUUAAUGAACGUAUCGCUUCAGACGAGGAUGUCUGCACAACGUAUCGUGGAUAUAUCAAGUUCCUCACGACAGACUUGGCACAUACCAUGGGGGAUAGUACAAAGAGCCAACACAAGAAAAAGUGCGAGCAGAUCGCCAAGAAGAUGAUCGUCAGAGGUGCUGCAUUCGCGCAGGCGAUCGCGAAGACCUUCCCUGACCACGUCCGACUGUCCAUCCAUCCAUCGAAUGGAUCACGAAAAAUCUCAAUCUCCGUUCUUCCUCAGACUGUCUCGCCCGUAACGCCUUGGCACUCCGCGCCCUACUUUAGCAUUGACGGGCACAUGAAGUUCGAGCACCGGGACACACUUGGUAGUGACGAGAAGACGGAACUCGUUUCUCGGAACGGACAGCCGUGGUACUUCCGAGAGAAGAGUGACCUUUACUCGUUGUCCAGCGAUGUCAGCGUCGAGUUCAACUACCCAUGUGGCAUAACCAUUCAGGCUGUCAAUGGUACGCGGCCGUCGUUCAAAGACGUGGAUAUGCAGAAGCUCCGUCUGCUCUCGCAAGAAAACUCACCCGUUGUUCUGCGAGGGUUCCGAGAUACCCUUGAUCGGGAUAUCUUUGUUGAAAAGGCCGAGGAAAUGGGAACGCCCGUAGGAUGGAAGUUCGGGCUAAUUCUGGAGGUUAAAGACCACGGAUCCGAUGGCAAAGGGUUGAACAACGUUCUUUCCGCUGAAUGGAUGCCAUACCACUACGAUGGGCUGUUCAAGAUUAAGAAAGAGAUUGACUCCGACGGCAACGAAAAGGUUGUCUCUCUUCCUCCUAAAUUCCAAAUGUUUACCGCCAUCACUUCCUCCCCGGAAAAUACUGGCUACACGCUCUUCGCCCCCUCUCAUCUCGUCUUCGCCAACCUGCCUCUUUUCCUCCCUCUCUCAACACUCAGCCCUCUAACCUGGACCGUUCGCACUACCUCCUUCGACGACGCCGUCAUUCCUAACCUCCCCCUCGUCAUUCCUCACCCUGCAACCGGACGUCCAUCUCUCCGCUAUCACGAGCCCUGGCCGCAGGAGAAAACAGCAUUCGACCCAACCAGCGUAACCAUCGAUGGCGUUGAGAACUCCGAUGCUGUUUGUGCGGUUUUGGACGGACUAUUGCAUGAUCGACGUGUUUGCUAUUGGCAUUCCUGGGAAGAGGGCGACUUCCUUGUCAGUGAUAAUUUUGUUGUUAGUCUCGUGGGUAUGAUUUUCAUUGUGGAUUAA